AUGUCCAAUCUUCCUUCCGUUUCCUCCUUACCAUCGCUAUCCGCUGAGAAGAGAGCAAGUGUCCUUGACCUGCUCUUCGAGCCCAGCGUUCCUCUGCACACACUGUCCGUAGAGCUGUUGCGUAACCAGACAUUCGCAUCGUACAACGAUCUCAUUGCAGCUGUUGGUGUACAGCUGACGGAAUUAUCUGAGUCAUCUUCCGCCAGUGAUACCAAGUGGCUGGAGAGUAUCUUGGGAUCACAUCCUAGACUCGGUGCAAAGAAAGUCGAGAGCGCACAGAGUCAGGCCGAGCAAGCACAACUCAACACCGGCGGUGAAGAAGAAGCUCAGAAGCUACGCGAACUGAACGAAGAAUAUGAAAAGACAUAUCCUGGACUGAGAUAUGUUGUCUUUGUCAACGGUCGCAGCAGGCCAGUCAUCAUGGAGGACAUGAAGCGCAGAAUCGCUGCUGGAGAUAUCGUGGCGGAGCGAGCAGCCGCAAUCAAGGCAUGA